AUGAGUUCUGAAAAAUCACCUACUCAUCUUGAAAAUCAGGAUGUGUUACAGCGACAAAAGAGAUUAUUAAGUUUCUUACUAUCGAAGAAUGUCCCACCAAUUCCAACUGAAGAUGAAAGAAGACCUUAUCCUAGUCGAAGUACCAAUAUAAUUUACAAGAUAUUCUUUUGGUGGUUAUCACCAGUUAUGAAAACUGGGUAUAAGAGAACCUUACAACCCGAAGAUAUGUUUUAUUUAACUGAUGAUAUAAAAGUACAAACCAUGGCUAACCAAUUUUAUACCUACAUGACACAUGAUAUAGACGUGGCAAGACAAAAUCAUAUUGCUGAAAAAUGUAAAGAAAGAGGUGAAACUGUCGAAAAUUCUUCUGUUAGUCCAGAUGAUGAUUUAGAUGAUUUCCAAUUAUCAAAAUUCACUACUGUUUGGGCAUUAGCCAAGACUUUUAAAUGGCAGUAUACUUGGGCUUGUAUAUGUUUAGCAUUGAGUAAUGUUGGUCAAACUACAUUACCAUUAUUAUCUAAGAAAUUAAUUGCUUAUGUUGAAAUUAAAGCUAUGGGUCAUGAACCUGGUAUUGGAAGAGGUAUUGGAUAUUCAUUUGGUGCAGCAAUUCUUGUUUUUGUUAUUGGUGUUUUAAUUAAUCAUUUCUUUUAUCGUUCCAUGCUUACUGGUGCUCAAGCAAAAGCUGUUUUAACUAAGGCUCUUCUAGACAAAUCAUUCAAAUUGGAUGCUAAAGCAAAACAUAAAUUCCCUUCCGGUAAAGUCACUUCCAUGUUGGGUACUGAUUUAGCAAGAAUUGAUUUUGCCCUUGGGUUUCAACCUUUUUUGAUUGUUUUCCCAAUUCCAAUUGGUAUUGCCAUUGGUAUUUUAUGUGAUAAUAUUGGUGCAGUUUCUUUAAUCGGGGUGGCCAUUUUAAUGGUUUUCAUGAUUGGUAUUGCUUUUUCAACAGGUAAAUUAUUUGCCUAUAGAAAGAAGGCUAAUUUUUUCACCGAUUCCCGUGUCAAUUAUAUUAAAGAAGUAUUGAAUAAUUUAAAAGUCAUCAAAUUUUAUUCUUGGGAACCACCAUAUCAUGAAAACAUUUCUGAAGUUCGUAGAAAAGAAAUGAAAAUCAUUUACAGAAUGCAAGUUUUAAGAAAUAUUGUCACUUCAUUUGCCAUGUCUUUAACUUUAUUUGCAUCCAUGACUACAUUUUUAGUCUUAUAUGCUAUUACAUCACAUAGUAGAGAUCCAGCUUCUAUUUUCUCAUCCCUUUCAUUGUAUGGUACUUUAACUCAACAAGUUUUCCUUUUACCAAUGGCUCUUGCUAGUGGUGCUGAUGCAUUUAUGGGUAUUUCCCGUGUUGGUGAAUUUAUGGCUCAAGGUGAAAUCAAUGAAUCUGAAAAUGCCAUUGAAGCUUCUCCUGAAAAGAAAGAAAUUAUGGAAAAAGAAGGUGUUGCCGUUGAAGUUGACCAUGCUGAUUUUGAAUGGGAAAUCUUUGCUCCCGAUGAAGAAGAAGAGGAAAACGAAAAGAAAUAUAACGGCAAGAAGGAUGAUGAUAAAGAAGAUGAUGGGAAUACACAUAAUCAUGAAGAGAAAGAUCAAAUUGUUACUAGUUCAUCACAUGCUUAUCACAGUGAUAAAAGUUCAUCUAAAGAGCAUGAUUCAUCAACUACAACUACUGCUGAAGAUGAAGUUGUAUUCAAUGGAUUGAGAAAUAUCGAUUUCAAAAUUAACAAAGGAGAGUUUGUUGUUAUCACUGGUUUAAUUGGUUCUGGUAAAUCAUCAUUACUUAGUGCACUUUCUGGAUUUAUGAAACGUACCGCUGGUUCAGUUGAUGUUAAUGGUACUUUGUUAUUAUGUGGUCAACCAUGGGUGCAAAAUUCUACAGUUAAAGAAAACAUUUUAUUUGGUCAACCAUUUGAUGAAGAGAAAUAUAAAAAAGUUAUUUAUGCAUGUGCAUUAGAAGCUGAUUUGGAAAUUUUACCAGCUGGUGAUAGAACUGAAAUUGGUGAACGUGGUAUCACUUUAAGUGGUGGUCAAAAGGCAAGAAUUAAUUUAGCUCGUGCUGUUUAUGCCGAUAGUGAAAUUAUUCUUUUAGAUGAUGUUCUUUCUGCUGUUGAUGCCAGAGUUGGUAAACAUAUUGUUGAACAUUGUAUUUUAGGAAUGUUGAAACAACAUACUAGAAUUCUUGCUACUCAUCAAUUAUCAUUAAUUGGUGCUGCUGAUAGAAUUAUUUUCCUUAAUGGUGAUGGAUCAGCAGAAGUUGGUACUCUUGAUACUUUAUAUGCAUCUAAUCAUAAUUUCAAAAAUUUGAUGAGUCAUACCACUCAAGAUAAUGAAGAGGAAGAAAAUGGCAAUGAUGCUGUUGUUGAUAAUAAUGAUGAUAUUGAAGAUGAAAUGGAAGAAGAACGUCAAUUGAUUCAAAGACAAAUAACACAACGUACCGAACCAGAAAAUGAAGAAGAAGUUCAUCGUGAAUUUAAUGUUGAUGAAAAGGCAUCUGGUAAAUUAAUUGAUGAUGAAGAACGUGCAGUUAAUGCUAUUAGUUGGAGAGUUUAUCAACAAUAUAUUACUUUAGGUUCUGGUAAAUUUACUCCAUGGCUUCUUAUUCCAGUAUUUCUUGCGCUUAUGAUUUUAGCUACAUUUUGUCAAAUUUUCUCCAAUACUUGGUUAUCUUUCUGGACAAGUCAUAAAUUUGAUGAACCAGAUAAAGUAUACAUUGGGGUUUAUAUCAUGUUUACAUUCCUUUCAUUUUUCCUUUUAACUUUUGAAUUUAUUGUUUUGGUUUAUAUUACCAAUACUGCAUCUGUUAUGUUGAAUGUUUUAGCGGUCAAGAGAGUUUUACAUGCACCAAUGAGUUUUAUGGAUACUACACCAAUGGGUAGAAUUUUAAAUCGUUUCACCAAAGAUACUGAUACUUUAGAUAAUGAAAUUGGUGAUCAAUUGAGAUUCUUUUUAUUUACAUUAUCCAAUAUUUGUGGUGUUUUAAUCUUGUGUAUCGUUUAUCUUCCAUGGUUUGCUAUUGCUAUUCCAUUUUUAGGAAUGAUAUUUGUUAGUAUUGCCAAUUACUAUCAAGCAUCAGCUAGAGAAAUCAAACGUCUUGAAGCUAUUCAAAGAUCAUUUGUUUACAACAAUUUCAAUGAAACUUUAAGUGGUAUGAGUACUAUUAAAGCAUAUCGUGCUACUAAUAGAUUUUUGGAAAAGAAUAAUUAUUUAAUUGAUAAAAUGAAUGAAGCUUAUUAUGUUACUAUUGCUAAUCAACGUUGGUUAGCUAUUCAUAUGGAUUUUCUUGCAUGUUUAUUUGCUUUAUUGAUUGCAUUACUUUGUGUUAAUCGAGUAUUUGAUAUUAAUGCAUCUUCAGUUGGGUUAAUUGUUUCUUAUGUUUUCCAAAUUGCUGGUCAAUUAUCCAUGUUGAUUAGAACUUAUACUCAGGUUGAAAAUGAAAUGAAUUCUGCUGAAAGAUUAUAUAGUUAUGCUACUAAUUUACCUGAAGAAGCACCAUAUAUUAUUACUGAAAAUACUCCACCACCAAAUUGGCCAGAUAAAGGUGUUAUUGAUUUUGAUCAUGCUUCAUUAGCUUAUAGACCAGGAUUACCAUUAGUUUUAAAAGAUGUUACAUUUGAAACUAAACCUAUGGAAAAAAUUGGUAUUUGUGGUAGAACAGGUGCUGGGAAAUCAUCAAUUAUGACUGCUUUAUACAGAUUAUCAGAAUUACAAUCAGGUAAAAUUAUUAUUGAUGGUAUUGAUAUUUCAAAAUUAGGUUUAAAAGAUUUACGUUCUAAAUUAUCUAUUAUUCCUCAAGAUCCAGUAUUAUUUCGUGGUACAAUUCGAAAAAAUUUAGAUCCAUUUCAUGAACAUUCAGAUGAUAAACUUUGGGAUGCAUUAAGACGUACAGGAUUAAUUGAAGAAUCAAGAUUAGAUAUAAUUAAAAAACAAAUUCGUCCAACUGAAGACAUUACUACUAUUGGUAAUAAUAACAAUGAUAGUUCAAAUGAAAUAACAUUACAUAAAUUUCAUUUGGAUCAAACAGUUGAAGAUGAAGGAUCUAAUUUUUCCCUUGGUGAAAGACAAUUGAUUGCAUUUGCAAGAGCAUUGGUUCGUGAUUCUAAAAUUUUAAUUCUUGAUGAAGCUACAUCAAGUGUUGAUUAUGAAACUGAUUCUAAGAUUCAACAUACAAUUAUUAAAGAAUUCAAAGAUUGUACUAUAUUAUGUAUUGCUCAUCGUUUGAAAACUAUUAUUAAUUAUGAUAGAAUUUUGGUUUUAGAUAAAGGUGAAAUUAAAGAAUUUGAUACUCCUUGGAAUUUAUUCAAUUUGAAAAAUAGUAUUUUUCAACAAAUGUGUAAUCGUUCAAAUAUUACUGAACAAGAUUUCAAAGAAACUGUUUCAUUUUAG